CUGCAAGUGCUCUAGUUGGUAUUCCCCGGCGUAUCCCCAACCCUCUUGCCAGUCUAGCUGCCGUUCAGUUGCUUGGCCUGCCCGUCCAGUCCAUAGAGGUCCAGUCUCGCACGAUACGGUGAUGGCGGACAGCGAGAGUGAUACCGAUGGAGCCGGGAGCAGUUCUGCUACCCCUAUGUCCUCUACCGCCUCGACAUCCAGCAAGCCUGGAAUACUGAUAUCCCAGUUUCGCCUGGAAGAGCUGACGAACCGCUUGGCCUCGCUACAGCAAGAGAACAAAGUGCUGAAAAUCGAGCUGGAAACGUUCAAACUCAAAUGCAAAUCACUGCAAGAGGAGAAUCGAGACUUGCGAAAGGCUAGUGUUACAAUUCAAGCCAGAGCGGAACAAGAAGAGGAGUUCAUCUCUAACACGCUGUUUAAAAAGAUCCAGGCCCUGCAGAAGGAGAAGGAGACUCUGGCUGUUAACUAUGAGAAAGAAGAGGAGUUCCUCACCAAUGACCUGUCACGGAAGCUUAUGCAGCUCCAACAUGAGAAAGCUGAGCUGGAGCAGCACCUGGAACAGGAGCAGGAGUUCCAGGUGAACAAACUCAUGAAGAAGAUCAAGAAGCUGGAGAACGACACCAUCUCCAAGCAGCUCACGCUUGAGCAGCUGCGGAGAGAGAAGAUUGAUCUGGAGAACACGCUGGAGCAGGAGCAAGAAGCGCUGGUCAACAGACUGUGGAAGCGCAUGGACAAGCUAGAGGCAGAGAAGAGGAUUCUUCAGGAGAAGCUGGACCAGCCUGUCUCGGCACCUCCGUCGCCGCGGGACAUCUCCAUGGAGGUGGACUCCCCAGAGAACAUGAUGCGCCACAUCCGCUUCCUCAAGAGCGAGGUGGAGCGACUCAAGAGGGGCCUCCGCACCACGGAGAUGCAGCACACAGAGAAGCGUGCCCAGUACAUAGAGGAGGAGCGGCACAUGCGGGAGGAGAACAUCAGACUGCAGAGAAAACUCCAGAGAGAGAUGGAGCGCAGAGAGGCGCUGUGCAGACAGCUAUCAGAGAGCGAGAGCAGUCUAGAGAUGGAUGACGAGAGGUACGGCUCAAGGGUCUCUCGAACUCUGCUCUCCUCUCUCUCCAUCCCCAUAUUUUACACAUGUCUCCCCAGCUCCAGUCGCCCGAUCUCCCCCGGUCUGUCGUACGCCAGCCACACAGUGGGCUUCACUCCUCCAGCCACCCUGAGCAGAGCCCCCCUCCCACACUACACACCUCCGGGCCUGCACGUCCACCCUGGCUCCUCCCACGGCAUCCAGAGGCCUUCCCCGCGGAGAAGCAACAGUCCAGACAAGUUCAAGCGCCCCACCCCCCCUCCGUCGCCCAACACACACUCUGGGGCGCAGCAGCACCCUCCUCUGCCUCCCCCACCCCCCCAGCCUAUGGUCCAGUCGCCCACGGCACCGCCAGCUAGCACACAACAGCACCCGCUGCAAGCACCCUCUCAGCCUUAAUGCAUGCACAGGACUCCGCUACGCUAGGCUAGGCUAAGCUAAGCUAGGCUACUUAGGCUAGGCUAGGCUAGUGCAGCGAUAUUGCAGUUACUCAUUUGGGGGGAGGGGCGAGUCGUCAGCAAGGCUGGGGACAGGAACAGGAGUUUGGUUUCUGGCGUGGCACUGAAACGGGCUGACUUGUGUAUGUGCAAGUCGGCAGACUGGGACUCGUGUUUGUUUGUUUGUUUUGUUUGUUUGUUUGUUUUAUUUCGUUUUGUUUGUUCCUUUCCAUUAGGCUUCUUUUGUUUACCACACAAAAAAGAAAGGACAAAAAAGUUUCUGUAUUUUGUUUGUUUGUGUGUUGUGUAUAGGAGUUUUGGGCGGGACUUACUUAACUUACUGCUAGUCAGAUAUGCGCUUGUGCUCACGAGGAUUACCUGGGAACACACAAACACACACACACACACACACUCUUUUCCUCUUUUUCUUUAAUUCUUUCUUUCUUUUUCCCUUUCUCUCUUUCUGUCUUUCUCUCUCUCUCUCUCUCUCCCCUACAGCUGCAGCUAGUUAGUAGUCCCACCUGGAAGGCGAGACACUACUCUCAUUCUCGUGUGCCAUCACUCAGUACAAACCUAACGCAUCAGCCAGUGCCUGCGUCCCUCCCUCCCAGCCUCCCUCAUCACCCCAUCAAUCGCACUUCUCCCAUUGGAUGGGAGUUCUUAUUCAGAACAGGCCAUACCAGCAGAACAAACAGGACAGCACGUGUUCCUAACGGAAUUCUCUUAACGGUCAUUAUUACAGAGCAUGUAGAGCUUUGAUUCUGGAAUGGUGGCUUUGAUUCUGUAAUGGCGGCUUUUAAGAGCCUGCUAACUUAGUUGGGAGAAGGUUGACGUGUUUUGUGAGGAUAGUUCUGAAAGCAUUGUGUGUGGCGUGUCCUAACCCUACCUUCUGUGUGUGGUACGGAGGUUAAUGUGCAGUUCUAGAGGGGUUGGAGGUUCUAGCAGAGGAGGAGAUUCAGGUACAGAACCCGUGUGUGCGGGCGGGGCCGGUGUGUGUCGUUGCUUCAGACGGCCCAAACCCUCCAUCGCACACCACAGACGACCGAAACAUCAGCUCGCAGAGCGAAGGCCCUCAUUUUACUCUUAAGUGUUACAUGAACAUGUUCAACAGGAACAGUCCUGUUCAAGAAAUUAACCUGAAUAUGAUUAAAAAGCGUGUAAAGUUAAAA